CAUGUCUGUUUGUUAUGUGUUGCAUGAUAUAUGACAUACGCUUAAUCAGAACCUAAUAGCUGCGGCCAUAAUGAUAUAUGUACACCAGGCAAAAGGUAUAUACCUUAGCUUCAUCAAAAUGGUAUCUUUAUUGUAAGAAUGUUGGAUGUCGUGGCGACUCAUGUAUCAACCGUUUGUCAGUGAUUUGGGCAGCCGAAUCUGAUCUUUUUUAGUGCUAUAAUGACUUUACUUCUUUAAUGUAUAUUUUAUAUGGUCCCUUGAUGAUUGCAGAUCUUAUCUAAUAAUGCAACAAAUACCUACUACCAAUACUUGUAAUUUACAAUAAUUAUAUUAACUAUAAUAAAUAUUAAAAAUAAGAUAUUGUUGUAAUUCAAAGGAAAAAAACAAAAUUAGACACAGAUGCAUCGCACUUAAAUUAUGUAACCCUAAAUGGUUGGCCAGGCAUGGAAGGGUAAAACCGUCAUUAUACCUCCUCUCGGCGUGCUCUAUAAAUAGAGCCGUUGCCGCGAAAUGUUGAGGACAAACUUUCUGACGGUGGGGGAAUAAUGAAAUCGGUAUUGCUCCUAUGGCGAGUCUGAAGUAAGUUCCGGCAUCGGAGAGUUCACGGAAUACGCAGGUUUCAUGCCGUUCUAGUGAUCACAAGAUUGUGUUUUUUGGUGUGACCCAUGCUCAAGUAUAGAAAUCUCUUUUUGAGGCCAAAAUUAGUUCCAUUUCCAGGUUUCAGUGAGAGGGCAUGCAUAUGUAUCUCUAGAUUGAGAUGUAAAGCCUCGUUGUUUCCAUCUUGCUUGAGUGCAGUUGAUGCCAUUGGAACCAAAAGACUGCACUCACAAUUACGAAUAGGGCACAGAGGUGUUAAUGAAAGGAAGUUUUCAUCUCCAGUCCUGGAACUGAUGGAGAGCAAUGGAAUUGUAGAGGAAAAUGAAAAUAACUUGCACCUUCCAUCCUCAUAUGAUGCUGCCAUGGAGGCACUUUCUUCUCUCAUCACUAGCAAAAAGCGAGGAGAUAGAUCAGCAGUAAGUGAUAAAUACGACAAAUUGAGCAGAAUGAAGAUGUAUCUAAAGAUAAUGGGUUUGGAAGAGCAUAUAGCACGACUCAAAAUUAUCCAUGUUGCCGGAACUAAAGGAAAGGGUUCAACAUGUGCAUUCUGUGAGGCAAUUUUGAGAGAAUGUGGAUUUAGGACUGGACUGUUCACUUCUCCACAUUUAAUUGACGUGAGAGAAAGAUUUCGUCUUGAUGGAUUGGAUAUAUCUGAAGAAAAGUUUCUAUAUUAUUUUUGGGAAUGCUGGCGUCAGCUGAAGGAGAAUCUCUCAGAUGAUUUGCCCAUGCCUCCACUUUUCCAGUUCCUCACUGUAUUGGCCUUUAAAAUAUUUGUAUGUGAAAAGGUCGAUGUUGCCAUCAUUGAAGUUGGUCUCGGAGGCAUGAGGGAUUCAACGAAUGUGAUCGAAAGUCCUGUUGUCUGUGGUGUUAGUUCUCUGGGCAUGGAUCACAUGGAAACAUUGGGUGAUACACUUGGACAGAUUGCUUCCCACAAAGCCGGAAUAUUUAAGCCUCAAGUCCCCGCCUACACUGUCCCACAACUUACUGAAGCAAUGGAAGUCCUUCGAGAGAAAGCCAAGGAAAAAGCGGUUAACUUGGAAGUAAUUGCCCCUCUCGAUCGUAUGAAACUGAAAGGUAUGCAACUAAGCUUGUCCGGUGAUCACCAAUUUACAAAUGCCGGCCUUGCUGUUGCCCUUUGUAGGAGUUGGCUUCAGAGUACCAGAAAUUGGGAAAGGCUCCAUAAGGUUGACACUGAAGAUGGUUUACCUGAGGCGUUUUUGCGGGGUCUUUCUGCUGCACGUCUUUCUGGAAGAGCUGAGAUUGUUCACGACUCUUCUUUGACAACGAAUGGUACCAAUGGAGCGAUUGACAACUCUUCAGGCAAUUUGAUAUUUUACCUGGAUGGGGCACACAGUCCUGAAAGCCUGGAAGCUUGUGCCCGGUGGUUUUCUAGCGCCAUAAACGAGGUCCCGAGGCGUUCACUGCCAGUUCCUUCAUAUUCUUCAAUGCUGAAAACUUCAGAAUUGUGGAGUAAUGGCUAUGUGCAGCCGGGAAAGAACAAACCUGAGAAAAUUUCAAAGCAGAUUCUCUUAUUCAACUGCAUGGAAGUGAGAGAUCCUCAGAUUCUUCUCCCGACACUUGUUGAUACAUGUGCUUCAUCAGGUACAUAUUUUGCAAAGGCCAUUUUUGUUCCGAGCAUCUCUACAUACAGUAAGGUCACUUCUGGUUCCUCGGCAAUCCCUUUGGAGGGCUCGUCUAAGGAUUUGUCGUGGCAGUUCAACCUCCAGAGAGUGUGGGAGAAGAUCAUUCACGGAAAGGAUGCUCACUGCAAGAACUUCAAGAUGCAAAUACCGGAGGCGGCGCCACGCGGAACAUUUAUUCAUGAGGAUGCUUCUAACUGCCGACCCGCCAACGGACACUUCUCGUGCAGUGCUGUGGUGUCUUCGCUGCCGAUGACCAUCAACUGGCUGAGGAAUUAUUGCCGAGAGAAUCCUUCUUAUCGAAUCCAGGUUCUGGUGACGGGAUCGCUGCAUCUCGUCGGCGAUGUGUUGAAGCUGCUGAGGAGGUGAUAUGUUAAGAACGUCCAUUUUUGGAGCAGUCAGGUGAGGUUUGGGUUUUUUUUUUUUUAUUGGUUUUUUUUAUAACAGACUUCUAAUGUCUGUCUAUUGUUGUGUGUAUUCAUCAUUAUUCAUAUGAAUUAUUGGAUGGGGUCGUAAUUUAAUUACUGGGGACUUGGGGGGUAAUACGCAAUUCUUGAAAAUUAUACUAUAUGAUAGACGUGGUAGAUACUUUACUACAAAGUUGUUCUACGGUUGAAAUAAGUGUAGAGGUUAGUUUGCUGUCCUUUUUU